CCUUCCCUGCAACAUUGUCAGAGCUGGCGGUAGUGUGCUGGGCAAAACGUAGGAAACUAGAAGUAACUUGUCAAUUUUUAAUUAAGUCUUCCUCCCUUGAAGAGUCAAAUGCACCAUUCUCCCUGCAAACUCUGGAGAUGAUGACAUAUUUCCACUUGGUUUCCAUAGCAUCCAUUCCUGAAGAUCCCCAGAAUGGUCUUUGGUCAGGGCGACCACCCAGCUCCCCAAGAAAGUUGGCAACCUGGCCAGCCAAAAGCAGCUUUCCCUUUUCCGGAAACUUACUCUGUCCGUGGUGCUGAACAAUUCUGCCGAGACGCGCCCUGAGGAGCGCUGUCAGCCGCGCUGAAAAAAAUCUUCCCUGACGCUGCCCAAAUCAGAACUGUGUAUCUGUUAUUUACUCACGUCCUCAAAGAGCAGCAAGCUUUCUCCAUCUUAAUUCGACACUACCGCAGAGCAGAGUUGCGCCGGCGUGAUAGGAGGAGAUCAUAGGCAAGGAGGAAAAACUAACAUCAGCAUUGCUCACCUGAGACCUCAGAUGCUCCCAUGAGUUUGGAAGUGCUCUGCUCCCUACAGCAAAGACACCAUUAAAAAAAAUACUAUUCUUCUGACUUUGCUUUUACACAAAGGUUCUGUGGUAUUUCCGCCUUUCGUUUAAAAGCCAGAAGAUUUGGCAGCAAUAAGGUUUUCAAAAUCGGGAAUUUGCAUUGUUUUUCAGUGGACUGACUUCCAGGACAAGGACUCAUCUGCACCCGCCCAAAUACCAUGGCACUGCGUGCGCCCUUUGCCACCGGAUCCUCCCCUUCCAAUGAGACUUUCUGAUUGUGUCUACCAACUCUCCUAUUAGGAAACCCGUGGGUUGCAUGCAGCUAUUCUGUUGUAUUCUCUUUCUCACUCCCUCCCCUCUCUCACUCACACUCUUGCUGAAGGCACACCAAUACCGUUCUGCUGAGAAGAAAAAGCCCACAACUACCUUAAGCGAUUAAGACAAUAUGCGCAACUCUCGCCUUUCAUAGCGAUCACUAUACAAAUCUGGCAAGAGCCAACACCAGUCUUUGCAAGAAUGGAGUCGGUAAAACAAAGGAUUUUGACCCCAGGAAAAGAGGGGCUAAAGAAUUUUGCUGGAAAAUCCCUUGGCCAGAUCUACAGGGUGCUGGAGAAGAAGCAAGACACUGGGGAGACCAUCGAGCUGACGGAGGAUGGGAAGCCCCUGGAGGUGCCCGAGAAAAAGGCUCCACUGUGCGAUUGCACCUGCUUCGGCCUGCCGCGCCGCUACAUCAUCGCCAUCAUGAGCGGCCUGGGCUUCUGCAUCUCCUUCGGCAUCCGCUGCAACCUGGGCGUGGCCAUCGUGGACAUGGUCAACAACAGCACAAUCCACCGAGGGGGCAAGGUCAUCAAGGAGAAGGCCAAAUUCAACUGGGACCCAGAAACCGUGGGGAUGAUCCACGGUUCCUUCUUUUGGGGCUACAUCAUCACCCAGAUUCCGGGCGGCUACAUCGCGUCUCGGCUGGCAGCCAACAGGGUUUUUGGAGCUGCCAUACUUCUUACCUCUACUCUGAAUAUGCUAAUCCCAUCAGCAGCCAGAGUGCAUUAUGGGUGUGUCAUCUUUGUUAGGAUAUUGCAGGGACUUGUUGAGGGCGUCACCUACCCAGCAUGUCAUGGGAUAUGGAGCAAAUGGGCUCCUCCUCUAGAGAGGAGUAGAUUGGCAACCACCUCCUUUUGUGGUUCAUAUGCUGGAGCUGUGAUUGCAAUGCCUUUAGCUGGCAUUCUUGUACAGUAUACUGGUUGGUCGUCAGUAUUCUAUGUCUAUGGAAGCUUUGGAAUGAUCUGGUACAUGUUUUGGCUUUUGGUGUCUUAUGAGAGUCCUGCAAAGCAUCCUACCAUUACAGAUGAAGAACGUAGGUACAUUGAAGAAAGCAUUGGAGAGAGUGCAAAUCUUUUAGGUGCAAUGGAAAAAUUCAAGACUCCAUGGAGGAAAUUUUUUACAUCUAUGCCUGUCUAUGCAAUAAUUGUUGCAAACUUCUGCAGAAGCUGGACUUUUUACUUAUUGCUUAUUAGUCAGCCGGCAUAUUUUGAAGAAGUCUUUGGAUUUGAAAUCAGCAAGGUUGGCAUGCUAUCUGCUGUGCCACACUUGGUAAUGACAAUUAUUGUACCCAUUGGAGGGCAGAUUGCAGAUUUUCUAAGAAGCAAGCAAAUUCUUUCAACAACUACAGUAAGAAAGAUCAUGAAUUGUGGUGGUUUUGGCAUGGAAGCAACACUGCUUCUGGUUGUUGGCUAUUCUCAUACUAGAGGUGUAGCUAUCUCAUUCUUGGUACUUGCAGUGGGAUUCAGUGGAUUUGCUAUUUCUGGUUUCAAUGUUAACCACUUGGAUAUUGCUCCGAGAUAUGCAAGUAUCUUAAUGGGCAUUUCAAAUGGUGUUGGCACAUUGUCAGGAAUGGUUUGCCCUAUCAUUGUUGGUGCAAUGACAAAGAAUAAGUCACGUGAAGAGUGGCAGUAUGUUUUCCUGAUUGCUGCCCUGGUCCACUAUGGCGGAGUUAUAUUUUACGCAAUAUUUGCCUCAGGAGAGAAGCAACCCUGGGCAGACCCUGAAGAAACAAGUGAAGAAAAAUGUGGAUUUAUCCAUGAAGAUGAGCUUGAUGAAGAGACAGGGGACAUUACUCAAAAUUAUAUAAAUUAUGGUACCACCAAGUCUUAUGGUGCCACAACACAGGCCAAUGGAGGUUGGCCAAAUGGUUGGGAAAAGAAAGAGGAAUUCGUACAAGAAGAAGUACAAGACUCAUACACCUAUAAGGACCGAGAUGAUUAUUCAUAACAAAGCUAAUUGCUGGAUUUAUUUUUAGUGUUUGUGAUUACAUUAAUUGUGAUUGCACAAAAAUUUAAAAAAAAAAGUGAUGUAAACACAUAAACAUAUCAACCAGGCAACUCUUGCUAUAAAAACGAAUAAAAAAAAAAAACAAACAAAGAAAAAAACUCAUGAAGUUUCCAUCAAGUGCAAUCUGUAGAAGUUGUGAAAUGCCAUCAGUCCCAUUCAGGUCAUCCAUUUUUGCGUUUGUGAUUUAAUGGUUGACUGGUCAAAAUUGUAGAAGCAAGUAGUUACUCUUUGGAUUCAUGUGAGCUAAAACUCAUCACCAUUUAAUAAAGCACAACUAAAACAGUUGGCACAUCCCAUCCUACAAAGGUUAGGAAGCCAAAGCUACUUGAUCAUGCAAAAUGCACUUAUAUAUUUGUUACACUGUAUUGCAAGGUAUCAUGCAGAAGUCCUGUUAAGAAAACUAAAGAUGUCAUGUUGGCUGCAUCAGGUGUUGGCAACAUUUAUUGAAUAUAAAUUAUAGAGUUGAUAUAUCUCUCAAUUAGAGAAGAAUAUUGUGGGCUAGCAACUAGCAAGGUGUACUAAAUAAUUAUUGUUAUUACAUAAUGUGGAAUAUUUUGUUGGUUCUGAAAAGAAAUAUCUUGCAGUGUUUUAUAUGAAAUGCUUGUGCGCAUAUACUUAUAUCUGUGAAAGAGAACUUGUAAAGUGGGGGUAUGCUUCAUGUUCUUCCAUUCAUUUACCUAACAGUAUAAAACACUUCACACUUCAACAAAAUCUGACGUUUCAUGUAGCAUAUCACAUAACUUUUUUGCAAAAAAAUAUAAAAAGUAAAUAGACUUUAAUGUAUUUUUUAUUACAACUUUGUACUGGUUGUAACUUGCAUUAGAAAAAAAAAGAUACACAUGCCAUAAAGAAUCUAAUAAAAAAUUUACUACGGAGAUAUAUCCCUUAAAAUGCAAUAUUAACAACAAAAGAAAUAGAAAAUUGUUUAGAUAUUCUUCUUCCUUAAUAAUGAAAUACUAUAUUAACCUUGUGCCACAGAGCUAUAUAUAAUAUGAAAAGAUAAACUUAAUAGAGAUACUGUAAGUAGACAAUUUUAUUAUUUAAAGUCCCAUUUAAAAGAUCUUUGUCUUAAAUAUAUAGGACAAUAAAUUAUAUUAAAAAUUAUAUCUAUAUAUAUAUCUGUAUAUCUUAUACAUAUCCAUACACAAAAACAUAAUAAACAAUCUUCACAAAAAAACCAAAAAUAGCAUACACCUCAUGUUGGGUUAGGGGACUGCAAUUUCUACUUUCAUAGAGUCAUAGAAUUUUAGAUGGGGGCAGAGGCAUUUUGCUUGUCAUUUCUUAAUAUAACUCAACAGGAAUUGCAACAUUUGUGUUCCAAGCAAUAAGUGCAAUGCAUACAAUUUCCUGUCUGUAUAUUAUCUUCAUUUUGCUUGUGGUAGCUGUCUGGGUGGUUGGAAUGAUUUUUUUUCUUUCAAAAAGUUGACAUCAGACCUCUUUAUAAUGUUCUAAAUGAUAAUAACACAUUUCCCAAUUCAAUGCAAAAUAUGAUUGGUGUAUUUAAUUGUCUAUUCUGGAUAUUUGAUCUGUUCAUUGGUUCAUUGUACUGUGCUAGUGACUGGAAACCCCUGCUACUGCAAAUAGAAAACAUAACAUUUGUUUUAAAGAUGCAAACCAUCCCUGAACCUUGAGAAAAUAAAAACAUCCUUUGCUUUGUGUCUCAAAGUGA